AUGCUUCGAUUCGGCCGAGUGAAUGAGGUCGCGCUCAGUCGUGCUCUGGCUCAGAUGACAUCUGCAGAGCUUGCACCCGCCACGCUGACUCGCCUGCAGCGUUUCCAGCAGUGCAUGCCAUUGCAAAGCGGCGCAUCGUCCACCACAUCGGCAUCCUCCUCCAGCUCCAGUUCCAGCCGUGCUUGCCAGCAGGCCGCAUGUGCUAAAGGCUCAAGCCUACGGCUGUCUGGUUCACUGGAGGCUGGCGCGAGUGACGGCAGAGCUGAUGAUGUAGUGGAGAGCCCUACCCGUGCUGCUGCUGCUGCUGCUGCUACUGCUACGACUGUUACCUGUACCGGUGGUGAUGAUGAUGGUGGUGAUGAUGAUGGUGGUGAUGAUGAUGGUGGUGAUGAUGAUGGUGGUGAUGAUGAUGAUGAUGACCUGGUGUUGGUGAGCUCGACCACGCCGCGAAGUCGAUCGCAGCCAGUGGCCUCUCCUCCGGCCAAGCGUGUGCGGCGGCCAGCUUCAUCUGCAUCGUCGUCGUCGUCAACGUCGGAUAUCAAAGGGAACUUCACUCUGGUCUUCAAGGAAGAAUGUUCCCCCGCCAGUCACGUUUCCACGCCGGUGUCUUCAAGGACGCUAUUGUCUCCGUCCUCGGUAUCAUCACGGCUGACCUCUUCACCAUCGUCCAGCAGCUGUGCUAAGGGUUCGCCGUACACACCGCUUGAGAAGCAGUACAUGGCAAUACGCGACGCGAACCCCGGCGUACUGCUCAUGGUCGAGUGCGGGUACAAGUUCCGCUUCUUUGGCGAGGAUGCCGAGGUUGCAGCUCGUGUUCUCAACAUCUUCUGCCACCCGAUGCACAACUUCAUGAACGCCAGCAUACCCGUGCAGCGGCUGCCUGUUCACGUGCGUAGGCUGGUAAUGGCAGGUUACAAGGUGGGCGUGGUGCGGCAGGUGGAGAGCGCGGCACACAAGGCACUCAGUGACAAGAAGGGCGCGCCGUUUGAGAGGAGUCUAAGCGAGCUGUACACGCGAGCAACACUUAUCGAGCAGUCUCUACGCAGCUUGGAGAUCUUUGCCUAUGGCUUUGGCCAUGGGUGGACGGCGGUGAGCGUGGUAGUCUGUUUUCGACCAUGGUCAGCACAAGCACUGCGUUUGGACGCCGUCUGUUCCCGUCAGUGGCUUGCAAAGCCACUGCUGAGGAGAAGUGCAAUUGUGGCUCGUCACGAGGCCGUGGAAGAGCUCUGUGCCAAUUUCAAGUCCCCGUGUGUCAGGCAGUGCAAAGCGUUGCUCAGCCAUUUACCCGACGUUGAGAAAGGCCUGGGUUCUAUCGUGCAUAAGAAGUGUAGCACGGGUGAUUUCUUCAGCACGCUGCAGGCACUGCUGUUGGCACGACGAGAAGUUCAAGCUGCCCAAUGCGAAGCGUUGACUCUGCUGCAGUGCAGUCUGCUCUCUGAGGCUUUCAACGAGGUACCGGCUCUGCUGAGCGGGGUGCAGCGCUUCUUGGACUGCAUGGAUCCUGGUGCAGCGAGGUCGGGCGACAAGACGGCGCUCUUCACUGAUUUGUCCAAGUUCCCGGAUUUGGCGGCGACGAAGAAGGCUCUGAAGGAUAUUGACGACGAGCUGCUGGCGCAUCGUCGCGAGGUUCGCCUAAAGCUUGGCAUACCCGCUCUGGAGUACAAGACAGUGUCGGGCGAUGACUAUCUAGUGGAGGUUCCUGGCAAGCUCCAACACAAAGUGCCACAAACUUGGGACAAGAUCAACUCGACGAAGCAAGCGGGGCGCUAUCGCAGCCCAUUCAUCGUGGAGCGGCUCAAGACGCGUGCGCUGCUGCGUGAAACGCUGUCGCAGCAGUCACACACCGCCUGGCAGCUGUUCCUCGGUGAGUUCAGCUCACGACAGGUAGGCCAGUGUCGACAGGCCGUGGGUCACUUGGCCGUACUCGAUUGCCUUCUGUCGUUAGCUAAGCUAGCCUCUCAGCCCGGCUACUGUAGACCGUACUUACUAGAGGACAGUGAAGCAUGUGAGUUGAGUUUUGUCAACGGCUGGCAUCCGGUGGUGUCUGCCUUGUUGAACACGGUGGACUCGGACUCGCAGUUUGUCGCCAACUCUGCGUUCAUGACGGCAUCCGAGAACCGAGUUUCUAUCAUCACGGGUCCUAACAUGGGCGGCAAGAGCUGCUUUGUCCGACAGGUUGCGCUGAUGGUGAUCAUGUGUCAGAUGGGUUCGUUUGUUCCGGCCGAAAGUGCUCGUAUGUCCGUACUGGACGGUGUGUUUGUACGCAUGGGUGCCUGCGAUGAUAUCGGACAUGGGCACAGUACCUUCAUGGUUGAACUACAGGAAACAUCUGAUGUCCUUCGCCAAGCCACACCUAGAUCACUAGUGAUAUUGGAUGAGCUAGGCAGAGGGACAAGUACUCACGAUGGUGUGGCCAUAGCAUACUCCACUCUGCACUUUCUCAUCACCAAGGUGGAGUGCUUGGUGUUGUUUGUAACACACUACCCCGCUGUGGCGCAGCUGUGUGCCCAGCAUCCCGCUGCAGUCAAGGCGUUUCACAUGUCCUUUCUUAGUGGGACGGACACCGCCGGUAACAAUGCUGGAGAUGGUGAUGCCGUGACUGCUCAUCCACCACCUGCUCCUGCUGUUGUGGGUACUGUGACUGCUGCUGUGACUGCUGCGUCUGUGAGUGGGCAUGAGGAGCCUGGCAGUGAUGGCAUGGACAAAAACGAGAGCAUGGAUUGCAGCAGCACUGACGGCGGUGAGUAUCUGGACAGGCAUUUGUCAUGCUCUGACGGCGGUGAGUAUCUGGACAGGCGUUUGUCGUGCUCUGACGGCGGUGAGUAUAUGAACAGCCGUUUGUCGUGCUCUGACGGCGGUGAGUAUCUGGACAGGCGUUUGUCAUGCUCUGACGGCAGUGAGUAUAUGGACAGGCGUUUGUCAUGCUCUGACGGCGGUGAGUAUAUGGACAGGCGUUUGUCAUGCUCUGACGGCGGUGAGUAUAUGGACAGCCGUUUGUCAUGCUCUGACGGUGAUCAUACAGUAACAUUUCUCUACCAGUUAGUGGAGGGGCUGGCGGAAAAGAGCUAUGGCCUCAAUGUUGCACGCCUGGCAGGCCUACCGCAUGACAUUCUUCGCCGUGCUGCCAUCAAAUCUGAGCACCUAGAGCAGUUGGUGACUUGCCAGCGGAGAAGUGUGCCAGAGAUGUUUCGUGCAAUAUGGACUGGGCAGGAUAAGAACACGUAGCUCGAUACACGCUUGUUUGUGCACGUGCCCAUGCUUGAUAUGUGCUCGUUUGUGCACGUGCCCAUGCUUGAUAUGUGCUCGUUUGUGCACGUGUCCAUGCUUGCUUGAUACGUGCACGUUUUUUGUGUGUUUGUGUGCAUGCAUGUACAAGUAUGUGUAUGUGUGCAUCAGCACACCAUCAUUUGCCUAGGUUAGCAACUAGCCACAGCGAUGUCUGAGAUAUUCCUAAUUGAUAAAUUGACACCCGGAUUCCAUCACCAUACCCCUAGAGUUGUAUUAUUACCACUCCGUUCCAUCAUGAUAAUAUCUUUCUUGACGAGAUAUUUUACACCAUUUACUUCAUGUAAUACCAGUCUCCUCAA